GAUGCUUCAGUUUUGGUUUGAGUUAUUUAAUAUGAAGGACUGCAAGAAUGACUGAUUACUUUUUAAAUUUUGGUUAGAGCAGUUAACUUUUGUUUACUAAACAUACACAUAAAAUGUGUACUACCUGCACUACAAAGCUGAGGUGUUUGAUUGUUUUUUCUGUCGUUAAUGAGGACAGGCUGUUUAAUCAUGUGCAAUCUUCCGUUUAAGCAGGGAUUUGUUACAAGCUGUUUAUGUCGUUUAGAUGUUUAUUAAAAGAUGAGAGGAAGCAGCAGGUCUGGUUUGGUGUCUCCAGUUCCUGGAAGCUCUGAAGGCUCACCGUCCCUCAGCCCUCUCUACUUCCCCUCAGACCACUCUGAGGUUUAGUUCUUGUCGCCGCCCCGUGUGAAGCAGUGAGCAGCUGUGGUGACAGCAGAGUUUCAGCAGCUGGUAGUCAAAACGUGCUGCUUGUUCAUCAUGAAGGUCGUGCUGCUGAUCGCGCUGCUCACAGUAUCAGGAUGUGACGGCAGGAGAGUUGUUGGUCAGACGGGUCAGAAUGUGACUCUGUCCUGUAAAUAUGAUAUAAAGACUAAAGGAGCGGUGUAUGUUUGCUGGAAUCGAGGAGAGAUAUCAUCAUAUGGCUGCUACAAUCGGCUCCUCUCUACAGACGGAUAUAAAGUUCUAGAAGAGACCAGAACUUCCAGCAGGUAUCAGCUACUGGGACGACUGGAUGAAGGAGACGUUUCUCUGACCAUCCUCAACCUCACAGAGGAAGAUGCUGGAAGAUAUGGAUGCAGGGCAGAGAUACCUGGGUGGUUCAAUGAUGAAAAGCAUCAUGUUGACUUGACAGUUGAAAGAGCUCCGACCACCUGGACCCCAUCAAAACCUCAGAUGUCCUCAGAGAGACCAGUUUCUGCUCAGACUGCAGCAGAUCAGCUGACAACAGAGAGCCUCCUGACUUCCUGUUCUAAUAGCGGCAGUUUCACAGAGGAGCAGCRGGGCAGCAUGCUGACUCUGGGUCUGGUACUGGUGGUUCUGCUGCUGGUGGUUCUGGUCACUGCAGUUGGACUCUUCAGUAAGGGAUCUGAACACCUCGUAGUCUGUGAUUGGACCMGAACSUCUUGUGUUUACCAGACAGUUCUGGAGUCAGAAGUGAGCCGAUCCGUCCAGCAGCUGGAGAGGAAAACGACCACUGAGGCCGUUUACUGCUGCAGAAACUCUGAACUGUUUCUGACACCAAAAGGUUAAAGGUCGCCAUUAAACUGAACCACUGAUUCAUUCAGCUUGCAGCCUCCACCUCUGGAGCUCCUCCUGGAAACUUUGAUGCAUCGUUAUCGUCGUCACUCAGUGAUGAGAGAAACCGGCUGAAACCUCAAACCUCAUAGGUUUCGGAGUCACUUAACUCCCAUGAUGCAUGAAAYGAAACAUACUAUAAGGGAAAUUAAUUAAUAAUUCUUUGAUUGCUGUUACAAAGGGAAAGUAAAGCCUAUUUCUUUUCUGUUUUAUCAAGUUGCUGGCCUGAUUAAAAACCACCCACCUUG